GCAGCUGUGCUGCUUCUUCGGCCAGUAAACGGGAGUCGCAGGCGCUGAGCACACACAAUCUCGCAGCCAGUUCAAAAGUGUCCGGUGAAAGGGUGCUAAAUAAAGGAGCAUCGUUUCCGCGAAACGACAUGGGGGAUCGAGUAGUUUUCAUGCUGCUAGCCGUGGUGGCGUCGGCUCUGACUAUCGAGGUGCCCACAGAUGGUUCAAUGGGACUCUUGGCUGAGCCCCAGGUUGCCAUGUUCUGCGGUAAACUCAACAUGCAUGUCAAUGUGCAGAGUGGCAAAUGGGAACCAGACCCUUCAGGCACCAAGAGCUGUGUUGGUACCAAGGAGGGCAUCCUGCAAUAUUGCCAGGAAGUUUAUCCAGAGCUCCAGAUUACCAAUGUAGUGGAGGCCAACCAGCCCGUUAGCAUCCAGAACUGGUGCAAGAAGGGUCGCAAGGAGUGUCGCAGUCACAUGCACAUCGUAGUGCCCUACCGCUGCUUGGUGGGAGAAUUUGUUAGCGACGCCUUACUGGUUCCUGAUAAGUGCAAGUUCUUGCAUCAGGAGCGCAUGGACCAGUGUGAGAGUCACCUACACUGGCAUACGGUGGCCAAGGAAUCCUGUACAGACCGGACCAUGAAUCUCCACGACUACGGGAUGCUUCUUCCAUGCGGUAUUGACCGUUUCCGAGGGGUGGAGUUUGUGUGCUGCCCGACAGAGGCUGAGCGUGAUGCUGACAGUGCUGAGCAGGAUGGUGAUGAUUCUGAUGUUUGGUGGGGUGGAGCGGAAGCUGACUAUUCUGAGAACAGGUACAUGAGUAUGGUGCAGGAGCCAGAGCCAGCAGAGCAGCAAGAAGAAACCAAGCAAUCUGUGGUAGAGGAGGAGGCGGUAGAGGAAGAUGAUGAGGAAGAGGACAUGCUGGACAACGAUCAAGAUGGGUAUGGGUAUGGGGAGGAGGAGGAAGAGGAUAAAGAGGAGGAGGAAGACAUUGACACACUUGAUGACAAUGAUGACGAGCCAGCCACCAAUGUUGCCAUGACAACAACAACCACCACCACCACCACCACUGAAUCAGUCGAGGAGGUCGUCAGGGAUGUGUGCUGGGCCAGUGCAGAGACUGGUCCGUGCCGGGCCAUGCUGCCCCGCUGGUACUUUGACCGCCGGGACGGCCGGUGUGUUCAGUUUAUCUAUGGCGGCUGUGGAGGCAACAGGAAUAACUUUGAGUCCGAGGAAUACUGCGUGUCUGUCUGCAGAAGCGUCAUCCCGACAGCCAUACCCGGUUUUCCUGAUGCUGUGGACCACUACCUGGAGACACCUGCUGAUGAGAACGAGCACACUCAUUUCCAGAAGGCUAAAGACAGUCUGGAGGCCAAGCACCGGGAAAGGAUGUCCCAGGUGAUGCGAGAGUGGGAAGAGGCUGAGAGGGAAGCAAAGAAUCUUCCACACGCAGACAAGAAAGCAGUCAUUCAGCAUUUCCAAGAGAAGGUAGAAGCAUUGGAGCAGGAAGCAGCCAGUGAACGCCAGCAGCUGGUAGAGACUCACAUGGCCCGAGUGGAAGCUCUACACAAUGACCGACGCCGCCUGGCACUGGAGAGCUACCUGACCGCCCUGCAGAUAGACCCCCCCAGGCCUCGUCACGUCUUCGGUCUGUUGAAGAAGUACGUACGUGCCGAGCAAAAGGACAGGCAGCACACCCUUAAACACUUUGAACAUGUCCGUAUGGUGGACUCAAAGAAGGCAGCCCAAAUCAGGCCUCAGGUGCUGACCCACUUGCGUGUCAUUGAAGAGCGCAUGAACCAGUCACUCGGACUUCUCUACAAGGUCCCUGGUGUGGCAGACAACAUUCAGGACCAAGUUGAGCUUCUGCAGAGGGAGCAAGCUGAGAUGGCGCAACAGCUGGCCAACCUGCAGACAGACGUGAGGGUGAGCUACGGUAAUGAUGCCCUGAUGCCUGACCAGGAGCUGGGAGAUGGCCAAACUGAGCUCCUGACUCAGGAAGAUACCCUGGGCUUGGGAGGAAUCGGCUUUAUCCACCCCGAGAGCUUCAACCAGCCCAACACUGACAACCAAGUUGAGCCCGUCGACUCCCGCCCCAGUCUUGAUAGAGGUGUCCCCACACGGCCAGUGACUGGGAUGAAGAUGGAGUCAAUUCCUGAACUCCGAAUCGAGAAGGGAGACAGACAGAGUACUGAAUAUGAAGUUCACCACCAGAAACUGGUCUUUUUUGCUGAGGAUGUAGGCUCCAACAAGGGUGCCAUCAUUGGGCUGAUGGUCGGUGGCGUUGUCAUAGCGACAGUGAUCGUCAUCACUUUGGUGAUGCUUAGGAAGAAGCAGUACACCUCAAUCCACCAUGGAGUCAUCGAGGUGGAUGCCGCAGUUACCCCUGAGGAGCGCCACCUGUCGAAAAUGCAGCAGAAUGGCUAUGAGAACCCAACGUACAAGUUCUUUGAACAGAUGCAGAACUGAGGGGGAUGUUGUAUCUGUGUACAGACACACACACACACAAACUCGCAUCUCAUUCCACACCUUAAGCACCUUCCUUCCCCCACCAUCUUCCCAGAGUAGAGUGAUGUCUGCAGUAUGGCAUGAACCAACCAGUGAUGACGUAUAUGGAGCGUUUGUGUAGACAUGUAUUUUUUUCCCCACUACUGCCUGGCGAGUGGACAAUGUGGCUGAGCAGGUUUGCACCACAUUUGUUUACCUUACUGGCAUAACAUGCCUUUUAAUUGGAGAGCAUUUUAGUGUUGCCCGAUUCGGGCCUGCUGAUGUAUGGAAGUGGCCAUACAUAGUGAAAGCCAUCUCACAAUUAAUGGAAGAAGUCUAGUCUCUACAUACUGAUCCAGGGUCACUACGCCAAGUUUUCUUAGCUUUUAGCGAAUUUAGGUAUGAACAGGCAAAUCUGGCCUCUGAUCAGCACUGUUUCCUGGCUCCAUGGGCUUCACAUAUCCCAUAUUUAAUGAGCGGGAAAAACAUGACCUUUUUUAGUUUUUAAUAAAUUGCAGCUUUAAGUAAAUUAGCUUAUUUCAGAAAUGAGGCCCAGUCUCUAUUUUUUUUUGCCCCUUCCUGUACAAAUGCUGCGCUCUACCCUCCACGCCGCAGAAUAAAUAUCCUAACUACCACCCCUGCCUUCCCCCACCCUCUCUCCAUUCUCUUUUCUCUGUGCAUUCUUAUGACAGCUGGGCUGUGUUAAGUCACACACAGCUCUUAAGGCUAAAUACCGUAUACGGAGAUGAUAACGAAUAUGUCGAUGACGAUGCUAGUAAUUAUGUAUUCUGAAUGAGCUUUUUUUAUUUUAGUUUUCUCUAUGGGGUGUUUUGUUUUUCACAAAAGAAAGAAAACCCUAAAAAAUGUUUCGUCAUUUUUUUCAAACUUGUGUGUGAUGUACUGAAGUAAUGCUGAAGUUGUAGUCGUUCCUAUGUAGUGCAUGACAAAAAUGACGCCAGGAUUUUGAAGAAAAAAAUAGUAUCUUAACACUCAAAGUCUCUCACAUAGAUUAUGCUAGCAAGAUUGUACAUAUCGUAUCCGCUCGUGAUUGCGUGACUUCAAACGAUGAAAAAAUAUAUGUCUAGAUAAACAAGUUCUGCUUUGAUAUCCAAUACAUCCUUAGAGAUCUGUUUUCUAAUUUUGGGAAAAGUAAGAGCUUUUCUUUGUUCUUUUCAUAAUUUGUUAAACAUUCCAAGAUUUCCUGAAUUAAGUGGAGGAGCUGGCUUCAUGGGUAUAUUAUUUUUCAUUUAAUUCAAUAUUGUAUAGUGAAAAAGUCCUUGUUGGUAGGCAAUCACUCUUUUUUAAUAUUUGUUUUGGAGUUUGACACUUUUUGGAUUUUUUUCCCCCUCAGAGAUAUCUCGCAGGGUGAUGGGUUGCAGGAAUCUAGCAAACGCUGGGUUAGAAUUACAUGUGUGUAUUUGCCAUUUUUGAUCUGCUGUUUUAGCCUAUCUUAUAGCAGGCUUUUAUCCAGUUUUGGUAUAGCAAUGAUUUUCCUGUCAGUUGAUGGAACAGGUGGAGUGCUGAUAGGAGGUAGGACACACGAGUGAGGUAGAGAAGCAAUGACUUGCAGUUCUGACUAAAUAGCCAGGCUGCCAGGCAGUCUGUAUUUAUAAUGGGUUUUGUACCAUUUGCCAACCCCUUCCCCACCACAAUUCCCUCCCCUCUCUCCUUCGUCUUUGUUUCUCUUCAGGUAUGCUGCUUGCCUCCCUGACAUCCAAGCACAAUCGAGUUCUCUGCUGUCUGUAUAUUGCUGAUUAGGUUGGGAGCUGGAAGGCAAAGGGCAAACAUUAUUUUGAUUUUGAUCAUGACCAAAAGUCACAAAAGCAGAAAGCUCUUUCCAACGGCUUAUUGCAUCCCAAUAUCACAGUGAAAGUGUGACCUCUCACAUUGUUAAACAUUUGAAAUUCUUAUGUAUGGUCAUUGAAUUGUUCUUUGGCAAUAGAUUUGCUGGCAUGCUUUCACACAAGUGCUCACAAGUAGCAUGACAGAAAGUAGAAAAAAUGGAUGCAGGAUUUGUAUUUUUUUUUUCAGAUGAUUGCAACUUUUUUUUCCACUGAAAUGUUCUGCAGGCCAUUUACAUUGACUAGAGAAAUGCUUUCUACACUGUAUUCCAUAAUAAAGUUUUGAUUGUACGUAUA